CCACCUAGUCCCGUCCUUCUUCUGCCUCCACUACGCUCAGGCGGUCAGGCCAGGCCCGGGAGGUGCGCCACGACCUGACCGACGCCGCCGCACCAGGCGCUCGAUUCCCAGCCGCCCCCAAAAACCCGGCGCAGAUCCUAGCGGUGCGGCGGCCGGAGCUGGUGCUCCAGCGCCCUUCGCGGCUGCCCAGGGGUGGGGCGAGGCUGACGCGCAGCGGGCGGGCGAGCGAUUGCGAUGGCGUCGCUAGGGCGGCUCAAAUCCGCCAUCUUCGAUAGGGAGGAGAGGAAGAUGCAGUACCAAUCGCACAUCCGCGGGCUCAAUGCCUAUGAUCGCCAUAAGAAGUUCAUGAAGGAUUAUGUAUGCGUGGGCACAUACAAGAUACCCGUGAUGCUCGAAAUUCAGUUUUAUGGCCACGAGAAAAAUGUGGAUAGUAGUUUGCCCAUCAAAACUGAUAAAGAUACGCUGAGAGAAGGAUACAGGUUCAUUCUUUCCGAGGAAGAUGAGAUGGAUUCUACUUGGGAGAAAAGGCUGGUCAAACGUUACUAUGACAAGCUGUUUAAGGAGUAUUGCAUUGCUGAUAUGACCCAGUAUAAAAAAGGCAAGAUUGGACUGAGAUGGAGAACAGAAAAGGAGGUGAUAUCUGGCAAAGGGCAAUUCAUCUGUGGUAAUAGGCAUUGUGAUGAAAAACAUGGUCUAGGUAGUUAUGAGGUCAAUUUUUCUUAUGUUGAAGCAGAGGAGCAGAAACAAGCACUAGUGAAAUUGGUAGCUUGCAAAAGAUGUGCAGAAAAGCUUGCUUAUAAGAGGCAAAAGGAGAAAGAGAAUGAAAAUGAGCUCCCUGGUGAAAAGGAAAUUGAUUUGAAAGACAGCGACAAGAGAAAGAGAAAACAUGAGGAAAGUGACCACAGCUCAGAGGACGAGAAAUAUAGAAGAAAGAAAAAAGGAUUUAAGGAUGCCAAAAAUUCUGGUAGCCAGAGACCUGCAGAUCGGUGUGGAGCAUCUUCAAAGAGUUCAGGGAACAGUGACGAAGCCUUCGAGGAGUACCUGGAAGGCAUGUUCCCGUGAUCGGAUUCGUAGUUCUUAUUAAAAGAAAAAGGUGACUGAAGGCUUCUUGAUCAGCCCAUGAAAAAAAUGAUGCACGGGUCUUGGAACAACACCAUUAGCGGGUGUUGGAGUAGCAAGUCAGUUCCAGUUCGAACCUCAACGAGUCAACGCUCUGCUGACUCUACAACGUCAUGUAAAGUGCGACCUGUAAUUAUGCGUGCCUGGGUUGUUUCGGUGGGUUUUUUUUCUCCCAUUGCUUUCAGAGACAUGGUUGACGCCUGUUAGUCAAAGAAGAUUGUAAUAUACUAACUACUACUCCCUUGCCCGCACUAUACUGUAUGACAUUUCCAGCAGCGUUGCUUUUUCGUCCAUCUCUA